UCUUGACUUUACUUUUUGUUUGAAAGGGAGGAGUCUAACGCUGACCGCUUACAUUUACCAAAAUGUCAUGUUGGUGAGAUUUACAGUAAAUCUACAGCAUGAAUGGAAUUAUGUAUACACCUUUUAGUAUUUGUACGUUAUCGUUAUAACGGUGGCAACAGAUCGCUCGCAAUUGUGGACAAAACAUCAAAGGAAAUUGACGGAACAGGAAGGCGGAACAAAACGUAAACAGAUGCCCCACAAACAGUCUUAGAAUAACUGCACAGUUUGUGUACUCCAUCUUUUGACUGCUUCCAACAACACAGUAACUAAUUCACCCUACGUGUUGAAAGCUAAUCUCUCCGGGAUCUCAGCAAGCAACCAUGUCCAUGGCCCUGAAACAAGUUUUUAACAAAGAUAGGACAUUCCGGCCCAAGCGCAAGUUUGAGCCCGGGACACAGCGCUUUGAGCUUCACAAGAAGGCACAAGCCUCUCUGAACGCUGGCUUGGACCUGAAGCAGGCCGUGCAGCUCCCACACGGGGAGGACCUCAACGACUGGGUGGCCGUCCACGUCGUCGACUUCUUCAACCGCAUCAACCUCAUCUACGGCACCAUCAGUGAUUCCUGCACCGACCAGACCUGCCCCGUGAUGUCGGGCGGGCCCAAGUACGAAUAUCGCUGGCAGGACGAGCACAAAUACAAAAGACCCACCGCGCUUUCAGCCCCCAAAUACAUGAGUCUGCUCAUGGACUGGAUCGAGGUACAAAUCAACAAUGAAAACAUCUUCCCUACUAAUGUCGGUACUCCAUUCCCUAAGACCUUCAUGCAGGUGGCUAAGAAGAUUUUAUCCCGCCUGUUCCGAGUGUUUGUCCAUGUCUAUAUUCACCACUUUGACCGUGUGAGCCAGAUGGGAGCCGAGGCUCAUGUCAAUACCUGCUACAAGCAUUUCUAUUACUUUGUCACAGAGUUCAACCUCACGGACCACAAAGAGCUGGAACCUCUGAAAGAGAUGACCUCUCGGAUGUGCCACUGAUGGGACGGGGGACAAGCUGAUCUUAUUAAGCACAUGCCGGACAAAGACGUCUGUCCAUCGGAGAAAAAAAACACGCAGUUGAGAAUUUAAAUGAAAUACAUUCAUAAAGAGUCUAUUUUUAUAUUUUAAGUACUGUUAUCUAUUUUAGGCUACAGAUUGUAGUUUUGAAACAAGAAGCUCAAGUUGUAAGUGGAACACAGAAAAUAUUAUCAGAGCAAGUACUAAGAGAACUAUGUUGAUAUUUUUAUUUCAGAUCAUUCCGGCAUGCUUUCGCUUUUUUAUUUUUUUUGGUCCAAAAUGAAAAUGUUUGGGGUUUGUUACUGUACAGCUGUAUGAUCACUAUUUUGCAUUAAAGGUUCUUACUUGAUUAUAA